AUGAAGGCUACAUUAGCAGCGCUGAUGCUGUGUCUCUCCAGUGGGUUUGCGUACAAGAUCCUGUGCAUCCUUCCUGUACCUUCGAAGAGUCAUGACCAUCUGUCUCUGGGCAUCGUGAAGCCGCUUCUGAAGGCUGGUCAUCAGGUUACAUGGGCCACGCCGUAUGAGAAAAAGAAUAUGCAUGAAAACUUAACUGUGAUUGAACUGAAAGAGAUACGGGGAUUUGUUGAAUCGGAGGACAUCAUGGGUAAAAGCGACGCGGGCUUCCAGUACAUAAGGAAGUUUGCCCGGAACAUCUCCAUGGAAACCGCUCAGCAUCCUGAACUCCAGAAGGUGGUGGUGGAACAGCAGUUUGAUGCCGUCAUCUCUAUAUGGUUCAUGAACGAGUUUGAAGCUGGGUACGCAGCCAUCCAACAAGUGCCCUGGAUCCUGGUCAGCUCCAUAGGCUACCACCCUUACUUGGAGAAGCAAGUGGACCAGGUCAGGUCGAUCUCGACCGUGCCUCUAGCGUUCAAUGACAGUGGUGACCGACCCAUGCCUACUAUCAGACGGUUCAUGAAUGGACUGAUUUAUAUGCUUAUGAAUCUUGAUGAGUGGUUCGACAAAUCCACCGUAACCUCUACCUACGAGUCCAUCUUCAGUCCCCUAGCUGCAAAGAGAAGAGUUACCCUUCCCCCCUUCGAAGACGCUUACCACAACGUCUCCAUACUCCUCGCCAACUCCCAUGAGUCUAUAGGGUACCCUAUGAGCCUGCCGCCCAAUGUCAUCAACAUAGCUGGGUACCAUAUUGACGAACCGGCGCCGUUGCCUAAGGAUCUCCAAGAUUUACUGGACGGAUCACCUCAAGGUGUGAUCAGCAUGGGCUCUAUUCUACUCUCAGCAGCUCUGAAACCGCACACCCGUGAUGGUCUGCUGAAACUCUUCGCUUCCCUCCCUUACACAGUGCUGUGGAAGUUCGAGGAGCCUCUCGAGGAUCUCCCUCCUAAUGUCCACGUCAGACCCUGGAUGCCUCAGCUUAGUAUACUUGUCCACAAAAACGUCCGCCUGUUCAUCACCCAUGGUGGUCUCCUAAGCACAUUGGAAGCUGUCUAUGCUGGAGUGCCACUCCUAGCUAUACCAGUGUUGGCAGACCAGCCAUCGAAUGCUGAACGCGCUGAACUGGCCGGAUACGCUGUGAAGGUGACGUUUAAAGAUGACAUGGUGCCUGAUGUAGAAGCAGCGCUGCGGAAGAUGCUGAGUACGGAUGUGUAUUACAAAAAAGUGAAGGAGAUUUCGAAGACAUUCCGUCUCCGUCCAGUUCCACCAUCAGAUCUGGUCAACUUCUACGUAGAACUGGCUAUCGACACCAAAGGUGCAUAUCACAUUCGGUCACCAGCGCUAGAAUAUAAAUGGUAUGAGCGAUGGAUGGUAGACUUUGUGGUCGUCUUGCUAGCAGUGCUUGUAAUGCUCGUCACGCUCCUCAAACUGGUCGUAACCGGUUGUCUCAGAAGAAUGCUCGGCAAGAAGCAGAAGAUAGUAGCGCAUAAGAAGAGAAAUUAG